AUGGUAGCGACCAACUCCGACGAAGCCCCCGACCAAGCAGAGCCCGAACAUGAUCGGGAGAGCAAAUUGAAAGCCUUCGACGCCUCAAGGACCGGCGUGAAAGGCCUGGUCGACUCUGGAGUCUCCAAGCUCCCUUGUAUCUUUGUCGAUCACCGGCCUCAAUCGCCCGACUGCUCCGAUCCCGCUGAGACAAGCUUCAGCAUUCCGAUCGUGGACUUGCAAGGAGUUCAUGAAGAUUCCAGCAAGCGCAAGGAGAUAGUCUGCAGAGUUAGCCAUGCGUGUGAGGAUUGGGGCUUCUUCCAGGUGGUGAAUCAUGGGAUCGGACAUGGCAUCCUGAGCGGAAUCAUCAACGGCAUGAGGAGGUUUCAUGAGCAGGAGAGCAAGUUGAAGGAGGAGUUGUAUUCCAGAGACCAGUCGAAGAAGGUGAUUUUUAACACCAACUUCGAUUUCCACAGUGCACCGGUUGCGAAUUGGAGGGAUUCACUGUACUGUGCUAUGGCUCCUCACCCACCGAGUCCGGAAGAGCUUCCUCAAGUUUGCAGAGAUAUAUUAAGGGAAUACUCAGAUCAAGUGAUGAGACUGGGGCUUACCAUCUUCAAACUGCUAUCAGAAGCUUUGGGACUCAAUCCCGAGCACCUCGAAGACAUGGGCUGCGCUGAAGGACUGUACCUCAUUGGACACUAUUACCCAAUAUGUCCUGAGCCAGACUUGACUCAAGGUCAUACCAAGCAUACGGAUAGCUCCUUCCUGACGGUGCUAUUGCAAGACCAAACCGGUGGCCUUCAAGUCCUCCACGAAAAUCACUGGGUAGAUGUGAAGCCCGUUCAGGGUGCUCUCGUGGUGAACCUAGGCGACAUGUUACAGCUAAUCACCAAUGGCAAGUUCAAAAGCGUCUAUCACAGAGUACUGGCAAAGAACGUAGGACCGAGAAUCUCGGUGGCCUGUUUCUUCAGAAGACAUUUCGAACAAGAGGAAUCUCCCAGAAAGUACGGGCCAAUUAAGGAGUUGUUAUCGGAAGAAAACCCUCCAGUCUAUCGAGAAACGUCUGUGAAAGAUUAUGUUAAAUAUAUAUACUCAAAAGGUCUUGACGGGGUUCCUGCAAUAGAUCAUUUGAAGUUGUGAGGAGUAAUUAAUCUGAAGUUGGUUCCUAUGUAGAGUAAAGGAGGAUGACCAAAUCAGGACGUAUGUUCAAUUCACGGUUUCCUUUAGUUCCAAGUGUGUAAUAAUUGCAGCUUAGAGAGCUCCUGAACUCCUAUCCAAUAAAUA